GUUGCUGACAUUUAAAAUGCUUUAUUUUCGAGAAUGUUGUCUGUCGUAGUGCUUCGUAUUUAACAAUGCCUACAAGUACAUAACUCAUCCGACUUGUUUGUGCCUCUAAAUUACGUUUUAGCUUAGUUCUUUUGCUGUCAGCUCCAGCUUUAGUACACGUUUCCGCUUUAUUUCACGGUUAGCCGUUAGCUAGCAGUUAGCUGGCAGUUAGCUAGCGCUUCUGGCCUCACCGGCUUGCCGUAGCAGCUGUUGCUAUGGCGACAGCACUCCGCAGAAACUACCUGAACUUUAACGCCGCGGACACACUUUCGAGAAACACGGAGCUAAAACAAACAAAACGACUGGUUUAGCAUGGCCUCUUGCCUCGUUCCCGACUUCCCGGCCGUGAUGGUGGCUCUGGAGCAUUUAAAGGAGCUUGACAAGCAGCUGAGAGAGGAAGGAGUCCCGUUCGCACCUGAGGCCAGCCUCCACUUCACGGAGAUAACGGCUGCCAUCACCGAGCUGGAGGCGGACAGGCGGGCUGCUCACGAACAUUUGGAAGUGGAAACGAUAGAAAACAGCAAACUGAGGCACCAGAUUAACGGUAUACGCGAGCGAAUGACUGAGGAAAUAAUGGCAGACAUAGCAGCAGCCCGGGCGUCCAACGCUGAGGAGAUAGAGACGCUCCGCAAAGAGCUCAACGCAGCUUCUCAGCUCCAAGAAGAGACCACGAGGACGCAUCAGGAGCUUCUGAACCAAAACAAAGCGCUGCAGCCAGAGCGAGAACAGGCGAAAGCUGAGUAUGAAGCCGUCGUCGCCACUCUGAAUGAUCAAAUCACCCUCAAAUAUAGCUCGCAGAUACAACUGGAUCAGACACGGGAGCGGAUAGAGGAGAUCAAGUCCUGCAUUGCUGCUGUGGAACGGGAUAAAGUAGCACUGCAGCAAAGCAUGACGCUGGAGAGAGAAGCUUUCUCUGUGAAAAACCACAACCUGUCAGGAGAGGUGGGCCAGGCCGAGGAGAUGAUUAAGCAGCAGAAUCAAGCGAUCAGGAGGCGCAGAAAAGAGCUGGACAGAGUCACCAGCAAGAAACAAGAAUCUUCUGACCAUCUGAAUGAAGUUACGAUUCACAUGGCCAAGGAGGAGAGCAACAUGCGAAGACUGACAGCGUCUCGGUGCCAGUGUGAGAAACACCUGGAAGGGGAAAUCCAAAAGCAUCAGGAGCUGAGGCAGCAGAGAGAAACGUUGAAGAAGGAGUUGCGUGAGUUGGGGGAAGCCUUCACGCUUGCAGUCCAGUACCUUCAAGAGGAAAUCACCACAGCUGAAGGUAAAAUAGAGGAGGGUCGAACAUCAAGGCUGCUCCGUCAAGACACUUUGGCUCAGAUCUGUGAGGUGUUCAAAUUUCGGCACCGUGAAGAAACCGAGGUGAGGGCUGAGUAUCUCCAUGUGUCGCAGCAGCUGAAGCGGUCCAAGUUGCAACUGGAGGAGCGCAUUGCAUCUAUUGUCAGACACAGCAAGGAGAUCAAAGAGAUGGAAAAGCUGAUUGGUGAACUCCUGGAAACAGACACAAUUAAUAAGCAUGUGUUUGAGAGGAAUCAGGAAGAGCUAUGUGAGAAUGUGGAUACAGAGAAGAAGAACAUCAGCCAUUUAGAGGAGGAGAGGAGGCAGCUCAGUCACCUCCUGGAGGAGGCGAACAGGAAGCAGGAGGAGUACGUGGCAAAAAUGAAGUCUGAUACCAGCGACACCAGGAGGAGAUAUGAGGAGCUGCAACGAGAAGAGGCGGCACUCCAGCUGAGGCAGCCCAAGAGCUCAGAUGAUGGUUUACUGAUGAGCCAUAUUAACCAGUCUGAGUUAGAGUACAGACAAAUAGAGAGCAUACACCACCAGGAAAUCCAGCAGUUUACUGCAGAGUUUGAGAGCAUCACAAAGAGCAAUGAGGAGAAGCAGAGGGAGGUGGAAGAGAAAGAGGAGGUGCUGAAGGAGGUGGAGGCUGAGUGGAACAAGGAGCAAGACCGGCACGAGAAACUGAAAGUGCACACCCUUGAGCUGAAGAGGAAAAAGACUGAGCUGGAGAUGUCCAUUAAGCAGCUGAAGGAGAAAACCAGCUUCCUGCUUCAGCCCAAAGAGCAACUAAAGUCCGAGCUGGAGGAGCUGAGAGAGCGCUACAUCAACAUACUCGACAAACAGGCCUCAGAGCUGAGGGCCGUGGAGGUGAGCAUCUAUAACAACAAUGUGAAACUGGAGGAGGUCAACAUGGAGAACAGCCGAAUGCAUCUCUGUAUCAGACAGAUGACAGAAGAGGUGAGCAGAGCCAAGCAGCACAAAGACCGAUAUCAGCAGGAGUUCCAGCAGUUCAACCAGGACACUGAGGCCUUAUUUGAGAGUUUACAGGAGGCCUGGAGGGAGGAUUUAUUGGUAACGCAGGAAAGUCAAUGCAGAGAUGGUGUCCUGUUAGAGUCAAUAGGUUCUCUGUUGAACCAUCUGAAGGUCAGGAGACAGGAGUUGGGACAUGUCAGCACACUCCUGCACCAACAUAUGCUGGACUUCAGCAAACGUCUGGGAGAUAAAACAACAGUAAAACAGCAAAGCUGACUUUAUACAUAAUACACGGUCUCAUUUCAGGCAUCAAAACUGGUCUGAGUUCCAGAUAAGUUGUGUACAUGCAAUAUUUAAGGAUGAUGUAAUAAAAACACUUGUAGCAACAUGACUAUAAUGCUGCAAGCAUUUGGUAAGUGAUGUGAAAUCCCUUCAUAAAACUGCAGCAUUUUACCCACCUGUGGUCAGUUUCAUUAAGUAAAUCCAAACUUUUGCACAUUUCAUUAAUUUUGCUCAAAUUAAUUUUUGAUUUAUUAUUAUUUUCUUUGUAUUAAAUGAGCCAAAUUUAGCAUUCCUGUAAUAUUAUCCGACGCUGAACAGUUAAAAAUAUUUAAAUUGAUACUGCAUUCAUCGUCCUUGACAGAACCUGGCAACCACGUUAACCACAAUGCAACUUGAACAUGUUCAGUUUGAUACUUGGGUGUGUUGUGCUAGUAGUGCCUAAUGUAGCUUCAAUGUGUUAGCCUAGACUUCUUUCAUUUAUAAAUCUGCUCUUUUUCUCAGUCACUUGAGGCAUUUUUCAGGCAUUGUGCAGCUCUCUCUGGAGCCACAAAAAGCCUAAUAGAACUUUUCACAUGUACCAUCCUCACCUAGAUUUGUAAACAGAGUAACCCUUUAAGGUUAAGUUUUAUUGGAAGCGAAUGCACACAAAAUGAAAACAUGGCAAUACUAGAUUUUUGUGACUGAUGCCACUGUCACAAAGUAAGAAAUAUCUAGUAAACAAAAAAGGGUGAAAUAAGUCAAAACAUGUUUUAAAUUUUGGAUUCUUCAAAAUAGCCACCCUUUGCUUUCAUUACUGCUUUGCACACUCUUGGCAUUCUCUCCAUGAGCUGGUUUUCAUUUCACAGGUGUGCCUUGUCAAGGUUAAUUUGUGGAAUUUCUUGCCUUCUUAAUGGGGUUGGGACCAUCAGUUGUCUUGUGUCAGUUUGGUACACAGUUGACAGCUCUAUUUGAAAACUGUUAGAAUCCAAAUUAUGGCAAGAACCAACUUUUCAGAGGAGACUGUGCGAAUCAGACCUUUAUGGUCAAAUAGCUGCUAAGAAACCACUACUAAGGAAAAGCAACAAGCAGAAGAGAUUUAUUUGGGCCAAGAAACACAAGGAAUGGACAUUAGACCAGUGGAGAUCUGUGCUUUGGUUUGAGUCCAAAUUUGAGAUCUUUGGUUCCACCUGCUGUGUCUUUGUGCGAUGCAGAAAUGGUGAAUGGAUGGUCUCUACAUGCAUGGUUCCCUCUGUGAAGCAUGGAGGAGGAGGUGUGAUGGUGUGGGGAUGCUUUGCUGGUGACACUGUUGGGGAUUUAUUCAAACUUGAACACAAACUGAUUUGUUUCUUUUGUUUUAGGACCAUGUUAUUUUUGCCUGUUGAUUUAAUUGUGGUUACUGUAAAUUAUAAUUGAGGGUAGAAUUAAGUUAUUUAGUUAAAUAGCACUUUCUACCUAUCAGCUUUGACUAAAAUCUGACUAUAAUAUGGAAACUAAAAGAGAUACAGUGUAUUAAGUCCACACAGUCCCAUCCUGGGGUCUUCCAUAGAAUAUUCGUGCUGUGCUUCUGUCCUCCAAUGUGCCUACUUGAAAAUACUGCUAAUGGCUUUCAAAUGCUCAUUUUCUGUGCAGUGGAAAAACUGGAUCAAAUUCUAUAAGAGUGUUUAUAUAAUCCUAAAUUUAUGGUCAUAAAGUUAGCACUUUACUUUGGAGCUUUGCAAUACCUUUGAACAUUUUUGUUGUUUCAUUGUUUUUUGUAACACCUUCAUAUUCGUGGUGUGAAAUUCCUUGAUAAAACUAUUGCACUUUACCUGCUGGUUUGUUCUUCCAUGUGCUGGAAUAAAAACACAAACAUACCAAGGAUCUUUUGAACCAGUUUCUUUUGCGAAGGAAGGAUCAAUAAUACAACAAUUUCCACUGAUUUUGAGAGUGUUCUACCAUCGUCUGCAGCAUGCUUUAAGUCAAGAAAGAUAAAUGUAAGCAUGCUCUGUAUUAAUAGGUAAUAAUUAAACUAAAUCCAAAUUAUGUGAACAGGGUUGUCCACAGGCAUUAAUUGAGGGUGCAACAGCCAGUGUCCUCUAAAAAACUCUUGACCAUGCUGCAUAACACAGUAUAGUUGCCAUUCCCUCAGUUAAUGAGAGUCUUAUUCCUGGAACAUUAACAGCAGCAGCUCAGAUGCAUUCACUGAAAUAGCCUGCUUAUAACAUCGCUAAAACCAGGAGUUAUACAGUCAAGGUGAAAUUAACCAUCUUUGCAGUGUUUUGAGUUAAAACAAAUUGAAAGACACAUUCCAGAGGCAUAUAAGAUUUUCAUUAUUUCACUGAAAGUGGGCACAAUGUGGUGCCUUUCAGGGUAAUGCAUUGACAUGAUGAAAGAUCUGUGUGUGCAGGUGACUGAAAAUGUUACUUUAACUAGAAAUACUUUGAAUUUGAAAACUGAGAGUUGUGGCAAAACCCAAGUUUUAAUAAGGCAAUUGAUUUUAAAGUUUUUGCAAUAGCCGUGUGGUUUAUUUUAUCAUUCUUAAUUUUUUCUUAUAAAUAUGUGAAGAUAAACGCAAGGCAUUGUUAUUCUAUACUGAGGAUAUCAUAUCCUGUGUAUUUGUGACUUUGACGAUAUAUUGAAUUUCUUGUAUUUGAGUCUUCUCUUUUUGUUGUUGCUGGUGUUUAGUUAAGAGAUGUCACAUGCAGAACGAGUUAAUUAGAUUUUGCAGUCAGUGGAAUUCUUUUGGAGGUGGGAUCUGGGAUGUUUGGUGCAGCUCUUGUGAAAGUACUAAUAGACACCUCUGCUUUGUCCUUUUUGAUUAACUGCAUCAAUUUGCACGAUGCCUUGAAGAAGACACAAGCUGUGGGCAUAUUUUUAGUAGUCCACAUAGGAAUGUUGAUUUAAUAAAACCAUUUUAAUCAGUCCUUCCUUUCGAGAGAUUUCUUUCUUUCUCUAGUUGGAU